GCGCUCGGUAGUCCGCGUCCGUUUCCUUGGAGACGGACAGCCCGGUCUCGCUGGAAAGUUUGAGCGGCCUAGGUUACCACGUGGUCCACGCUCAGACAGAAGAGUUGCAGAAGCCGAAUAAAUAGGCAUAGCAAGAGAUCGGAGCCCCGCGGACUCACGACUCUUCUUCCACUUUCCCCAAUGGCCCAUGUCUUUCCAAAACCCAACCGCUCUGGGAUUCGCUCCACAGUCCACAACUUCCAGAUUCUGGAUUAUGUUCCAUGGCAGCGGUCCAAGCAGAAAACCAAGCCAUCUACUCUGCCUCCAGUCCUACAAUCCAGAGGCCGUAAGAAGAGCAGAGUGAAGGCUUUGACUAGUGUCCCGCCAGCGUUGCAUUCCAAGUCCGCCACGUCGAUGACAAGCCAGCUGAGGCAGCCACGAGAAAUGCACAGAGAGAAGCUGGACUCUGGAAAGGCACAGGCCAAAAUCCGGCUAAUGAAGACGUUGCUCAGGAACGAGCGAAACUCACUCCAGGAGCUGUGCAGCCAUGGGGUCUUCCUCACCACGCUCAACUGGGAGCUGGUCAAGGCCAUCCAGGACAUGGAGGAGAGCUCGGCCCUGAACGCGCGCGCGAUGCUGCAGCAGCAGGACAUCCUUGCGACCAUCGUGGACAUCUUGGAGUGCUCCAACAAGAAGAAGCUGCGGCAGCUGACGUGUGAACUGAAGGAGUGGGAGGAGAAGGAGGAAUCCAAGCUGAAGCACCUGGAGCAGCAGGUGGAACAGCUGAACGCCACGAUCGAGAAGACCCAGAAGGAAGUGAACUUCCUGAGCACGUACAUGGACCGCGAGUACCCUGUCAAGUCGGUCCAGAUUGCCAACCUUGUGCGCCAGCUGCAGCAGAUAAAGGACAGCCAGCAGGAUGAGCUGGAUGACCUUAAUGAGAUGCGCAGAAAGGUCCUGGAGUCUUUGUCUGAGCAGAUUCAGAGGAAGAAGAAAAAACUUCUGAGAUCUCUGGUGGUGAAAAACCAGCAGCGCCAUCAGGAGGCUCUUCUGCAGAAGAUCCGGGAUGGCCAGGACAUGCUGAGAUGCACGGGCAAGUUCAGAGAAUUUAUCAGCCAGUUUGAGGAGGAAAUACCUAUCCUAAAGGCCGAGGUGGGGCGGCUCAAGGUCCAAGUCCAGGAGCCACGAGAGACCGUGUUUGCGGAUGUUCUGCUUCGGAGACCCAAGUGUCCCCCAGACAUGGACGUCAUCCUCAACAUCCCUGUGGAGGAACUGCUCCCCUUCUAGAUGGCGGGCCAUGGGCCACCCUUCCCUCCCUGCUCUUUCCCCCAUAUCUGGAGCCUUGACUUGUCUCCUUCCACGGCCACGUGUCCACUCAGACCCUGGUCUGCCCUCUCUCCCUUCCUCUCUUCCUUUCUGCCUCCCUCCCUCUCUCCCCCCACCCUUCCUCUCCUUUCCUCCCUCCCUCCCCCUCCCCCUCCCCCUUCCUCUUUUCUUUCUGGCUGGUGCAGCUGCUUGGGCCAGGUGUGCAUUCCCAGUGAAGCGUGCCAUUUCUUUUUUACCAAUAAAGCUGGCUUUGCAUUUGCUCCCUUGCUUGGAGAUUUCCGGCUAGGCCUGGAGAUGAUGUGGUAGGCACGGACUGUCUUAAGAUAAGGGGUGGGUAACUGUGCUGACUGUAUCUGGGGGCACAGAACAUCUCAAGAAGGGCUCCUGACCCCCUGCCUGAGUCUCCAUGGCUCCGGGCUGCCCCGCCCCUGGCAUCCCUGGUGCGGUGGGAGCCCAGCUUCCCUCCGGAUUUGUACCCAGACCUUUUGAGGCCAGUGCCAGGGCGGAGGGGAGACCCCCCCGAGUCCGAUGCACCUGGGAUGUUGCUGGGCUUUCAUAGCCGAUGGCCGUCUCUAUUCUCGUGCAGCUGUCUGUCUGUCCACGGCCUGUGCCCCAGCUGUGCGUGGACGUGACACCCGCCCAGGUGCGUAGUUGGGCACAGCCCCCAGCGCGUGCUCCCGGACUCCCUGCGUGCAAGGACUGUCCCUCCAGUUAUUGGGAGUGCUGUUAGCACACAUCCCUCGGCCGUCGGACCCUCAGGGGCUGCCUCAGCUGCAGAGGCCACUUCACCCAAGGUCAGCUGUCCUCCCACAUCCGAUGACUGCUCCGGGUGCAAAUGCCGAAGUCCUGGCCAUCUUGGCCUCACUUGGGACAACCCCGAAGGCCUGUUCUGGCUCCAGAACUCCCUGCAGGGUCAACUGAAACAGUCCUUGGGCCUGCCUCGCAGCUUGACCUCUCCCUCUGCCCAGUCCUGCCUCUCCCUUCCUCAGUUGACUCCCGGGUGCCCAUUAAAAAACAUCCUGCACUUUGUA